ACUUUGGCUGGUUUAAUGAGCAUUUUAUUUUUUUAAGUACAAAAGUAAUGUCUAAACCCACUGGUCAAUUUUUAAAGCAAUUGCGUCUUUUAAUGCACAAUAAACAGUUUGUUCCAGAAACACUCACUGCAUACAUUAUUCCUUCUGGUGAUAAUCAUCAGAGUGAGUAUAUAGCUCCAUGUCACAAAAGAAGACAAUUUAUUUCUGGUUUCACUGGAUCUUCAGGUUCAUGUGUGGUUACACAAAAUGAAGCAUUAUUGUGGACAGAUGGAAGAUAUUAUGUGCAAGCAGAAAAAGAGUUAGAUGAAAAUUGGACUCUUAUGAGAGAUGGUUUUGAAGGUGUUUUAAAACAAGAAGAAUGGUUAAAUAAGAACUUGUUGGAUGGAUCAGUUAUCGGUUUUGAUCCAAAUCUUAUUUCACUAGAUGGUUGGAGAACACUGAGAAAAGAACUGAAAGGAAAGAGUCUUGUUCAAGUGGAUCAAAACUUAGUAGACUUAGUUUGGGCAGAAUAUGAUAAACCUAAUGAACCAAAAUCAGAGAUACUAGCCCUUGAAGAUAAUUUUUCAGGUAAAAAAUGGCAAAAAAAAGUUGAGGAACUUCGGAAUACGUUAUCAGCUAAGUCUGUGUAUGCAGUUGUUAUAUCAGCUCUUGAUGAAGUUGCCUGGUUAUUUAACAUGCGUGGUUCUGACAUAAGCUUUAAUCCAGUAUUUAUGUCUUAUGCUAUAGUUAGUUUAGAUAACAUAUAUUUAUUUGUUGAUGAAACAAGAAUGACAGAUAAGAUUAAAAAGCAUUUGUGUGAUUCUUCUAUGAACAUAAAUAUAUGCUCUUAUUAUUCAAUACAUGAGAAAUUAAAGGAACUUUCUUCAAAUGGACAAAGGAUAUGGAUCAGCUCCAAAUCCAGUUAUGCAUUAGCUAGUCUUGUACCAGAGUGUCAACUGUGCACGGAUAUUUCACCUGUGUGUUCAGCAAAGGCUGUGAAAAAUCCUGCAGAGAUAAAAGGGAUGAAGGAUGCUCAUAUACGAGAUGGAGUUGCUGUUUGUGAAUACUUAUGCUGGUUAGAAAAAGAGAUCAAGCACAGUGUUGUUGAUGAAAUAACUGGUGCCAACAAAUUAGAAUCAUUCAGAAAAGAACUUGAUCAUUUUGUAAGUCUUUCAUUUGAUACUAUAUCUGGAAGUGGACCAAAUGGAGCAAUUAUUCACUACAGACCAUCAGUAGAAAGUACAAGGCCUAUUUCAGCUGAAGAAAUGUACUUAUGUGAUUCUGGUGCACAGUAUUUAGAUGGAACAACAGAUGUUACAAGAACUGUGCAUUUAGGAGUGCCCACUCAAUAUCAAAAGGAAUGUUUUACCCGUGUAUUCAAAGGACAUGUUCAGUUAGCCAUGAUGACAUUUCCAAAAGGAACUCGUGGCCAUAUACUUGAUGUAAUAGCUCGAAAAUCACUCUGGGAUUGUGGAUUAGAUUUCCCUCAUGGGACUGGUCACGGAGUUGGAGCAUUUCUAAAUGUUCAUGAAGGACCAAUUGGAAUUAGUCCUAGAAAUAGUGAUGACCCACCAUUAGAAAAUGGUAUGUUUAUUACUGAUGAACCAGGAUACUAUGAAAAUGACUUAUUUGGCAUUAGAAUAGAGAAUGUUUUACUGGUGAAGGAUGUUCAACUUGAGUACAACUUUCAAAACAAAGGAUUUCUUGGCUUUCAACCAGUCACAAUGGUUCCCAUACAGAAGAAGCUUUUAGUUCCUAACAUGCUUAGUAAAGAAGAGAUAUCUUGGCUAAACAAUUAUCACGAGCAAGUCUAUGAAAAUCUAAGUGGAAUUCUCAUAAAUGAAGGCAAAACCGAGACUUUGGAAUGGUUGCGAGUUCAAACUGAACCUCUUGGAUAAUACAAAAAGUAGCAUAAAUUGUUAGUUUGAAAAAAGAAAUUAUUAUAAAAUUA